AUGACGGCCCUGGGCGGAGAGGUUCCCUGGUCUGAAAAAUAUCGCCCGCGCACGCUUGACCAGAUUUCUGCCCACACAGACAUUAUAGACACCAUUAGGAAGCUGCUGGAUGAGAACCAGCUGCCGCACCUGCUCUUCUACGGCCCGCCAGGCACCGGCAAGACGUCCACCAUCCUGGCGAUAGCGCGGGAGAUUUACGGCAGCUCGCUGGGAAACAUGACUCUAGAGCUCAAUGCCUCGGACGACCGUGGCAUUGCUGUGGUGCGCAACGAAAUCCAAGACUUUGCGUCCACACGCACCAUCUUCUCUAACAAGUUCAAGCUCAUCAUCUUGGACGAGUGUGACGCCAUGACUAAGGACGCGCAGUUUGCGCUGCGCAGGGUGAUGGAGAAGUACACGCGCAACGCACGUUUCUGCCUGAUCUGCAACUACGUCUCAAAGAUCAUCCCCGCACUGCAGUCACGCUGCACGCGCUUUCGCUUCCAGCCGCUGCCCGGGGAGUUCGUCAAGGGGCGCCUCGAGUACAUCUGCCAGCAGGAGAGCAUCAAGGUGACGCAGGGCGGGUUGGAGGCGUUGAUUGAGCUAGGCUGCGGUGACAUGCGGCGCACGCUCAACCUGCUGCAGUCAACAGUGAUGUCUGCGGGGGAGGUGACAGGGGAUUCGGCGUAUGCCACAGCGGGCAAGCCACUGCCGCAGGACAUCGAGCGCUGUGCGCAGUGGCUGCUGAAUGAGCCGCUGGGGGAGGCAUUUCAGCACAUGCUGGACCUGCAAUUGCAGAAGGGGGUGGCGCUAGUGGACAUUCUUCAGCAGCUGCACCCGUUUGUGUUCCGGAUAGGCAUGCCGCCGCCCGUGCGUAUUCAACUUGUGAGCAAGAUGGCAGACAUCGAGCACCGCCUGGCCUACGGCACCAGUGACCGGCUUCAGCUGGGUGCACUCUGUGGCGCAUUUGCAGAGGCAAAAGACGGCAUUGUGGCGGCAGCCAAGUGA